AAGAAAAAGAGUUCGUUCAAAGUUAAUUUGUGAUUUUUUAAUUUGGGAUUAAAAAUCUUAAGUGUGAAAUCGUAAUAAUGAAGGUCUUCUCAUGUGUUGUUGCCCUUGCCUUGGCUGCCACAGCCCAAGCUGGUCUCCUGCCUCAUAUUGGACAUGAUGCCCAUGUUAUCGAUCAUGGUGUUGUUCAUCAUGGCGAUGAUUUCCAUCAUUCCGAUAUUCAUCACAGCGAUGGCAUCCACAUUGGUCACUCAGCUCAGGUAGUAGUGGAUGAUCAUCAUGGUGCUGAUCAUCAUCCAGUGUAUCAUCAUACCGAACAUCAUGCUGCCGUCGAUGUUGUUCAUCAUGAUGCUGGUCAUCAUGGUGUUUCCGAUAUUGAAGUACACAACGCCCCUGCUGCCAAGAUUAUCCAUCAUGAACCCAUUCACAAAGUAGAACCAGUCCAUCAUGUCACCAAGGUGGUACAUCAUGAACCUCAUCAUUUCCUGCAUUACACCAAGCCAGCUGUCGAUCAUCAUGUUGUCCACCAAAAUCAUCAUGUCGAUGAACAUCAUCAUGCUGCCGAUUUGCAUCACACCGAAUUGCAUCAUGGCGAUGCUGCCCACCAUGGUGAUUUGUUGCAUCACGGUGAUGUUCAUCAUGCUGGUGCCUACCAUCAUUCCGGUUUGGUCCAUCACGCCGAUGCCCAUCAUCAUGCUGCUGUUGUCCACCACGGUGAUGUUCACCAUCAUGCUGCUGUUGUUCAUCAUGCUGAUGCUCACCACGUCGUCCACCACGGACAUGAUGUUCAUCACCACGCCGCUUUGGUCCACCAUGCUCCAGUUGUGCACCACCACAAGGCCAUCGUCCACAAAGUGUACCCAUCUCACCACACCCAUUCUGAUAUUUUGGCCCUGGCUAAACAUCAUUUGCAUGGCAAGUUUGGCAAAGUGAAGAUUACCGAAACCCAUUAUUAAACGAUUUCAAUUCCCUCCAAAGAAAAACCAAAACCA